UGGCUCUGUCCAAGUCAUUGUCAAGACCAUCACUCGCAUUGUCCGCUACUACCCCGACGGCCGUGAGGAGCUUGUCUCUGAGGCCACCGAGUCCAAGGAUUCGGUCACUGGCGAGGCCUACGUUCCUCAAGAAGGCGAUGUCGAGCAAACCACCACCACCACCGUCACCGAGACCACUGAGGAGGCCACUGCCACCACCUCGGCUGCCGAGACAAACCACCACCACCACCGUCACCGAGACCACUGAGGAGGCCACUGCCACCACCUCGGCUGCCGAGAGCAAGAAGACCACUCGCAAGAGAUUCGGUCUGUUCGAGACCAUCGCUGCUGGUGCCGCCGUUGUCGGAGGCGCUGUCGCCGCUGGAGCUGCCGCUGUUGCUGGUGGCGCCGCCAAGGCCGGCGGUGCUGUUGUCGAAGAAGGCAAGGACGUUGUCGAAACCGUCAAGGGUCUCUUCCGCCGCAGAAAGGUUGUCCUGGCUACUGGUGAGGAGGUCUGGGAGGAGGUUCCCGCCGGCGCUGCCGAUGACGAGACUGUCGAGACCGUCACUACCACCGUUGUCGAAGGUACCGACGCCGUUCCCACCGAGACUGUCGAGACUGUCGAGACUGUCGAAACUGUUGAAACUGUCGAGACUGUCGAGGUCAUUGAGGAGACUCCUGCCCCCGCCCCCGUCGAGACCGUCACCGAGGUCACCGAAGUCACCGAAGUCACCGAAGUCACCGAGACUGUCGAGGUUGUCGAGGAGGUCCCCGCUCCCGUCACCGUCACCGAGACUGUUGAGACCGUUGAGACGGUCGAGACUGUCGAGGUUGUCGAGGAAGUCCCCGCUCCCGUCGAGACCGUCGAGACCGUCACCGUCACCGAGGUCACCGAGACUGUCGAGGUUGUCGAGGAGACUCCCGCCCCCGCCCCUGUCUCGGAGGAGACUGUCGUUGUCGAGACCACCGAGACCGUUGAGGUUGUCGAGGAGGCCGUUGACGUUCCCGAGCAACGCGAGGUCGUUGAAGACGUGACCGCCUCUGUCGAGGUUACCGAAGUCGUCGAGGAGACCGUUGUCCCCACCACCGAGACUACCGAGGCCACCACUACCACCACCACCACCACUACCACCGAAGUUGUCGAGGUCGCUGCCCCCGUCACCGAGACCACCACCACCACCACCACCGAGACUGUUGAGGUGACCGAGACUACCGAGGUCUAUGAGUACGAAGAAGAGGAGGAAGUGACCACCAUCACCACCACCAUUACUCACGUCGAUGGCUCUGUCCAAGUCAUUGUCAAGACCAUCACUCGCAUUGUCCGCUACUACCCCGACGGCCGUGAGGAGCUUGUCUCUGAGGCCACCGAGUCCAAGGAUUCGGUCACUGGCGAGGCCUACGUUCCUCAAGAAGGCGAUGUCGAGCAUGUCAUCACCGAAACCUCCACCACUCUCGAAACAACUGGAGUGUCAGCCGAAGAAUCUAACAGAAAGUCUGGUUUCUUCUCCAAGCUUUUCCGCUCUGGCAACCAACCCUCUGAGGAAGCUCAGGUUGAAGAUGAUGCUGAUUCGUCCUCCAUCCUGUCGCUUGAAACCCGUGAAGUUGAACUCCCGGCUCAAGCCGAUGAUGAUGACUUUGAAGACGAAGAGGAGACCGUUGUCGUUUCGGUCAACAUUCGAAAUUCAUCUGGUAUCAUCGUUCGUGUUAUCAAGACUACCCGCCGUGUUGUCCGAUACUUCUCCAAUGGAACUGAACUACUCGUCUCUGAGUGUGUCGAAUUCAAGGAUGCCAUCACUGGUGGUCUCUACACCUUCGCCGAUGGCGACACUGAGGAGUCCGUUUUUGAGCUCACUCAGGAGGAAUACGUUGAAGAAGUCGCCUCUCGUGAAACCAAGAAACGAUUUGGAUUCUUCUCAAAGCUCUUCAAGUCUGGCAACGAGGUUGUCACUGAGGAGCACAUUGCCGCGGCCGAAGCGGAAGAGCUGACCACCCAACUUGAGUCUUCGACCCGCGAUAUCAAUGUUACUUCUGAACAAUAUGACGAUUUCGAAGAGGAAGAGGAAAUCACCACGGUGACCACCACUGUUACCCACUCAGAUGGUUCCAUUCAGAAAAUCAUCAAAACCAUCACCCGCAUCAUUCGUGUUUUCCGUGAUGGUCGUCAAGAAAUCGUCUCUGAGGAGUCCAUCUCCAAGGAUGCCGCCACUGGUGAAGUUUACGUCUCUCAAGAGGGUGAUCUUGUUACUGUCGAGUCUGCCCAGGCCCCCAGCACCAAUACCUCUGCCGAGGAAAUUGUUGAGGUUGAAGAAGAAGAGGAAAUCACCACCGUCACUGUGACCAUCACCCGGGCUGAUGGAACCAUUCAUCGUAUCAUUAAGACUAUCACUCGCAUCAUUCGGGUCCAUCCUGACGGACAACGCGAAGUUCUUUCUGAAGAAACCGUUACCAAAGACGCUGCUACCGGAGAAGAGUUUGUCCUUCAAGAUGGCGAUCUUGAGGCUGUCGAGUCAUCUGUUGGCUCUGUCGAAGUAAUCCCCUCUGCCGAGUUCACCGAAGAAACCGAAAACAUCUCGAACACCUUCUAUGUUCGUCGUGCUGACGGAACUGUUCAUCAGAUCAACGAAUUCACUGUCCAGGUCCGUCGUAUCUUUGCCGACGGACAUGAUGAGGUCAGCGCUACCUACACCGCGACGGAUGCCGAAACUCUUGAAAUCUACGGCCCUAUUGACUCUGAUAUUCGCAUCUCGGCCGAUGAGUUUGCCGCUGCGCGCGCCUCUGUGCAAACUGUCGAGUUUGAAGACAUCAUCGAGUACGUCUCCUACGAGACCACCAUCGUGACCGCUGCUGAUGGCUCGACUUCCACCACCAUCAAGACCACCACUACUACCGUCCGCGCUUUCCCCGAUGGCCACGAGGAAACCAUUUCUGAAAAGGUCGAGACCCAGACCCUCCCCGGUCGUGUGACCGUGUCCGAAGACGGUGUUUUCACCACCGAAACCGAUGUUGUGACCAAGUCGAUUUCCACCGCCACCACCACUGUUCCCGAGUAUGAGGAGGUUGAGGAUGUGACCACCGAGUCCCAGGUCGAACGUCGCACCGAUGGCUCUGUGUGGACCACGGUCAAGACCAUUACGCGCCUCCUGCACAUCUUCUCCGAUGGCCGCGAAGAGGUGAUUGAGGAAAAGGUCGACACCCAAGUCCUUCAGGGCGAGUUCACCGUCCAGGAAGAUGGAACCCUCGUCGUCGUCGAAACCAAGGAGGAGGGCUAUGAUGUCGAAGAAAUCACCACCGUCACCACCGAAACCGAGAACGAGAUCCUCGGAGACGGCACUAUGAACUCGACCAUCAAGACCAUCACCCGUGUCAUCAACAAGUUCCCCGAUGGCACUGAGGAGAUUGUCAGCGAGAAGGUCGAUACCCAGGUCCAGCAGGGCCUGCCCGUUCCCAAGGAGCUUUAAUCGACCAUCCGAUUGAUCCCUUCCGCGCACUCGUUCUUUUCUUCUCCUAUGCUUCCUUUCAAAUCGAGUCAAUUUCCUUCCAUGCCGUUUCCCGCUUCCCUCUUUCCACCCCGAUUCGUUUCUG